UGUUUCACUUUUCCGCGAACGUAGCGCGAACAGAGGGGCUGGAGACCGAUCGCGACGGGGGAAAGCGGACUAUAAAGAGCGUGGAAUCUUGGGGGGAAGUAUCCAGUAAAGUCUGGACUUCGACCAGAUAUCGGAGUGCAUCGCGAGACAUGAGAUAUUUGAUUCAUGCGAUAUUGGUUGUCGGCCUGUUGGCCACGGCGUUUUGCGAGAAAGAGGGAACGAAUGGGGUGGAGACUCGCGGCGAGUCUAGCGUAGAAAAGAAGCAAGAGAAACGAGGCCUCUCGCAUUUCGAGGGUGGCGGUGAUAUCGGCGGUGGUGGCGAUUACGGCGGAGGACACGAGAUCGCUAUAUCCGGGGGAGAUGGAUACGAAGGUGGCGGUUACGGGGGUGGUGGUUACGGCGGUGGCGGCGGAUACGGCGGCGGUUACGAGGAAGGUAGCAAGGUAAAGGAAAUCACGAUCGUGAAGAGCGUCAAAGUACCGUAUCCGGUAGAGAAGAAGGUCCACUACCCCGUGGAGAAGGAAGUACCGUACCCGGUCAAGGUCCCCGUACCCCAACCGUACCCGGUCGAGAAGAAGAUCCCGGUCCCCGUCAAAGUUCUGGUCAAGGUGCCGGUUCACAUUCCGCAGCCCUAUCCGGUAGAGAAGACGAUACCGUACCCCGUCCAAGUACCCGUGGAGAGGCCAGUGCCGUACAAGGUGUACGUGCCGCAGCCGUAUCCGGUGGAGAAGAAGGUUCCAUACCCGGUCAAGGUACCCGUGCCUCAGCCGUACCCCAUCGAGAAGCCCGUACCGUAUCCCGUCAAGGUCGUGGAGCACGUCCCCCAGCCGUUCCCCGUCGACAAGCCUGUACCGUACCCGGUCAACGUGCCCAUAGAACGGCCGUACCCUGUUCACGUCCCUAAACCGUAUCCAGUGCCCGUCGAGAAGCCCGUACCUGUGCCCGUCGAGAAGCCUGUACCUUAUCCUGUCAAGGUGCCCGUCGAAAGACCCGUCGGAGUACCGGUGGAGAAGCCAGUACCCGUCGAAGUCAAGGUACCCGUACCUGCGCCGUACCCAGUAGAGAAGCCUGUACCGGUGCCCGUGGAAAAGCCUGUACCGUACGCGGUUAAGGUGCCAGUCGAACGGCCGGUAGCUGUUCAGGUCACGAAGCCGGUGGCGGUUCCGGUCGCCAAGCCCGUGCCGUAUCCGGUUAAGGUGCCGGUACCCGUUCACGUGCACGAUCAUGGAUACGGAGGAGAUUCUGGGGGUCUAGAGGGUGGUUACGAGUCGAGUUACGGCGGUCAUUAGAAGAAAUAGGGGGUACGUAUCGCGAAUUGGGGGCUGAGCCAUUCGUGACCCUCCCAUUCGUAACUCGUAGGUUCAAUCGUUUAAAUUGUCGCGUCAACCUUCCUUCUCCCUCUUGGAGAUUGAUUAGAGUUUAUUAUUUCCGACGCGACGGGGAUAUAUUUAUUUCCUAAUUGUAAUCAUUUUCCGAAAAAUAUCGCUGAGCCGAAUGAUCGAGAGAUGGAGAGAGAGAAGGGGGACGAUGCAAGGAUAAGGUGGACGCAAGCAUUUUUUUCGAGUGGAUCGUUCUUCGGCCAGUGAUUUAUUUAGAACGUAGUAUUAUACCCUUUGAUACCUGAGUACCUAAGAACAUAUUAUAUCAUAUAUGUACGAUGUAUUGUACAAAAGAUUCGCGUUCGACGAGCAAUUGUUAAUUCGAGCUCGGCUCGAUGGACGCCCCUGUACCAUGUGUCUUUCGCUUCUUUCUAAUAAAACCAAAGAACAAAAA